AUGGGAUCAUCUCUUCGUAACCCCGCGGUCCUGUUGUGCGCCCUCCUUGUCCCAACUCUCGUUAUCUCUCGUCCCACCAUAGUUCCUGGGGAAUGCCCGACCGCUGCAGCCCUACCACUCGACUCCCACUGCAUUGAACCCCUAGCCUCGACUAGAAUUCCCGAAAUCGCAGUCUAUGAACAUACCCCACAUAGUUCUUCGGCCCUGACAGUCUAUGUCGACUCGCUCCAGCAGAUGACCCGGAAGGCCAAGACAACCAUUGCCGUGCUCUCGACCCUGAUCGCUUAUGUAUCCAUCAACAGCAUAAUCCACCUACUCCGGCCGGCUGCUUUUGUCUGGUCUGCAGAGGACCAGGAGGAGCGGAACUGGAUUGCGAGCUCGCGCUCGUGGUUCGACCGCAAAUCCUGCCGAUGGCUCGGCAUCUGUGGUGCAGCCCAUUUACAAACCGUACACGGCGAAUUCGGAAAUCGCGAUCCGGCGGAGUGGGUAAAUUCGCAAGAUGCCGAGCCAGAGGCACCCUGGCGGUCCUUUUGGCUUAGCGGGGCUAGUGAGUCCGAGUGGGAUGCCGAAGAGCGGGCUCGGCGGCAGAUCCCGGACUAUGUUUUCCACCAUGCCCCACUCGUUCACCUUUAUUCUGGCGAGCAGUUCUGGCCCGGGGAUAUCGCAGAGCACUUGCAUCAUACCACUCCGAUGCUGAAUUACACCCCGAUUCAGGCUCAAUGGGACCAUCCGACGUUGGCCGAUCUGGACGAGUUGAACAAGUGGGGGCCCAGGCACCUUUUCCUGACGAGCAAUGAUGAUGUACAGACGCGUCCACCGUGGCUGGAAGGCGAUAGGAAUAUCCCGCAAACAGAUGGAAACAAGAAAGAAGAAUCCUGGGCUGAUUGGGAUGGUCGAGUCGAUGGUGAUAUUCCCGGUGACACAGAGGAAGAUCGUGCCAAGUGGUAUAAUUUUCACCAAUUGCAAGAAGAGGCGGCCGCUCUACGCGAAUCCAACACCGAUGAACAUUUUCAAGCUCAGCAAAUACUCAAAGAGGAGCUUCGCAAACGUUAUGGUGGAGAGGAGAUCUACGAUGGUGCCGGUGGUCGAAGCGAUGCCCCUGCAAUCCUGGUGGUGAUGGACAAAGGCAACGGAAUUGUGGAUGCGUUCUGGUUCUACUUUUACAGCUUCAACCUCGGUAACACUGUUGUCAACGUGCGGUUCGGCAAUCAUGUCGGAGACUGGGAGCAUUGUCUGGUGCGAUUCCACAAUGGCAAACCGAAAGCGCUCUUCUUCAGCGCCCACCAGGGCGGAGAGGCCUAUAGCUACGAAGCCGUUGAGAAGAUCGGACAACGGCCCGUCAUAUACUCCGCCGAGGGCAGUCAUGCCAUGUACGCCACGCCCGGAGUGCACGAGUACCUCCUCCCCUGGGGACUUCUGCACGAUGUAACCGACCGCGGUCCACUAUGGGAUCCCCUCCUCAACUCGCAGGCCUACACUUACGACUUCGACAACGAGCAUUUGCGGGCGUCCACCUUCAGCCCCUCUGCCCCAACGGAAUGGUUCCAUUACAGGGGCCAUUGGGGCGACAAGUUCUACUCACUAGGCGAUUCUCGUCAGUAUCGAUUUGCAGGCCAGUACCACUUCGUGAACGGACCCCUUGGUCCAAAGUUCAAGCAUCUCAACCGCCACAAGGUGUGUCAGGGCCCCAAUCGUGCUCCCUGCGUUAUCAAGAACUAUGUCGAGCAAGGGAAGCGACCUCAGCGGUGGGGCUCAAGCAGAUCGGAAGAGUAG